AUGUUCGCCUCCUCCUCCCCGAUCCAUAUCGGGAUCGGGGGAAUGAACCCAUGGUCGCGCCCGAGCCCGACGCGCCCCCACUGCUCGACGCCGACGCCGGAGCCGUCCCUCGCCGCAGCCGCUCGUCUCCCCGUCGCUCGGUCGUCUCCGUCCUCCUCCUCAACCCCCACUGCCCAUGCCCUACGAAACCCCCGUGAGGCUCCCCUCCUUGCUCCUUUCCCCGCGGUCACCGCUGCUUGCUCGUGCUCGCUCGCCCCGCACCGCUACUGCAUCAUCGACGCUGCUCUGCUGCGGCCGCCUCACUCCGCCCCUCGCCAUGGCCACACCUGGACCGGCUCUGCCCUGCGCCCCGCCCGUGGUUGCCGUGGACCACGCACGCCCGCGCGCUCACAGCCGCGCCAGCCGCGUCGUCGUUUCCCGCCCCCACCUCGGCUACUCGCCAUCGCCGUCAUGCACGCCGCCCGCACCGACCCCGAACCUUCCCUGCUGCUGCUCCCUGUGGCCGCACACUGCAUGUCGGGGCCACCGCCGCGCCGCACUUGCGCUGCAGCCCCGCUACGCCUCCCUGCUCCGCCGCACUGGCUCCGCGUCGCUGCUGCUGCCCCGCCGUGCCCGCGCGCGCACGACACCGCCCCUACCUAUGGCUGCUACUGCCGCACAGCCGCGCCCCCUGCGUCGCCGACCGUCGCCCGGCUCCAUUUGCUCCGCCCCAGUGUCCACUCGCCGCGCCGCUUGCUCCCUGCGCCACCCCCGCCGCGGCUGCGCUCUGCCUCGCCGGCGCCACGCCGCUAG